UAUGUAGUUCUUUGUGCAGGUUUGGAUGUAUGUUUUGUUGGGGUGCCUCUGGAUGCAGGGACAUCAAAUCGGUCUGGGACCAGAUUUGGACCACGCCAGAUCCGGUCAGAAUCCUGUAUUAUCAGACAUGUGAACAAUGCCACUGGAGCUCAGCCCUUUGAUUCAAUACAAGUGGCAGAUGUUGGAGAUGUCUGGAUGAAUAUCUACAACUUACCAGAGGCUUGUAAGAAUAUAAAAGAUGGAUUCACAAAGUUGAUGAGCACUGGCUGUAAGACUUUGGCAGUGGGAGGAGAUCACACCAUAACAUGGCCCAUACUGCAAGCUGUCAAGGAAAAAUAUGGCCCAGUUGGCUUGGUUCACAUUGAUGCUCACGCUGACACCAAUGAGGGGCUGCUGGGAGCACCUGUCAACCACGGGGCACCUUUUAGACAUGCAGCAGUGGAGGGGUGCCUGGAUUGUAAGAGAGUUGUGCAGAUUGGGUUACGAGGGACGGGAUAUGCCAUUGAGGAUUAUGAAUGGGGGAAAAAGCAGGGAUUCCGGAUAGUCCAGGCACACGAGUGUUGGCACAAGUCACUCGCCCCUCUGAUGGAGGAGGUGAGGGAGAUGAUGGGGGAUGGCCCUGUCUAUAUCAGUUUUGAUAUUGACGGCAUUGACCCUGCCUUUGCUCCUGGGACAGGCACUCCAGAGAUAGCAGGUCUGACCCCAAUCCAGGCACUGGAGAUCAUACGUGGUUGCCGUGGGCUCAACAUUGUAGGGGGAGACUUGGUGGAGGUGUCACCACCUUAUGAUACAACAGGCAAUACAGCCUUAUUGGCAGCUAAUCUGCUGUUUGAGAUGCUCUGUGUGUUCCCUGGUGUGAAGUAUGCUGAUGUAUAGACACUACUGACUGCAGUUUUUUUUUCCACCUGGCCCAGCUAGAAUGGGAGCCCCGGCUGCCCACGGGAGCCCAGGCUGCCAAAGAGACUGCCAGGGAGACUGCCCUUUUGCAGUCUGGGGCUCCAGUGUGCAGUCUCC